AUGACGCAAGACUCAAUAGAUCCCUUGGAUCCCGAAGAGUUUACUGAAGAUCAAGUCAAUGAUAUAUUGCAACCGAAUGUUGGCGAUUACAACCCUACGGAGAGAAUUAUAGGAAAUGAUAAUGGCUUAAGGGGUAAUGUCCUUGCUGUCCAGAGUGGUGGGAAUAGUCCAGAAGAUUUAGUGAAUACUGAGGAUAAUCAUGUUGCUAACGAAACUACUUCAGAGAAGAUUACUGAAAAGGAAGGAGAAGAUAAGAAAAGAAAGGAAACCAAGAAAGAUGCUCCAAUCACUUGGGCCGAACGAUUGAAACUAUCAUUGAUGUUUCUUAAGGUAUAUGUCAAGGUAUUUUGUCUUUUCUUGGGGGUUCUAUCUCUUUAUUGGGCAUCUAUGUAUAAUCGUCCCUCAAGGUAUACGAACUUAAAUUUCAUUGUUGUUCUGGGAGAUGCCAGCACCGAAAUCAAUGGUACAACCAUAGAACCAUAUAUUGGUGAAACCUUUAUAGAUAUGGUACAGAACAAUGAAACUGUUUCCAAGCUUGCUGGGUGGAAAAUCCAUACCGAAAAUGAAAUUCAGAUUGCCGCUAAUGUUCAUAAUAUUACUCUUGAAGCAGAACUCAAAAGGCUUGUUCAUCAUCAAAAAUGCUGGGCAGCUAUUUACAUUAAACCCAAUUCCACUGCAAAGUUAUAUGACUCUCUUGUUAAUGCCAACCCUUCAUUAGUGGAAAAUGGACAAAUAUCCAACUUCAUCGAUGUCAUAUUUGAAGAUGGUAGACAUUAUUCUGCACUUACUCAAUACAUCAAUAAACAUUUGGUUCAAGCAGAAGAAACUUGGUUAAGUUAUUACACUUCUUCGAAGGUUUUCGAUCCUUUAGUCGGUCACCUUUCGCUGGACCAAAAAUUGGCUUUACUUCAGAAUGAUUCCACAAUUCAAAUAUUGACUUCUCCUCCCACAUUUAAUUUGAUAGAUCUUUCACAUACUCUUUCAUCAUCAGCGCUCGGACCAAGUCAACUUGGUCUCAUUUAUGCACAGAUUUUCAGUUUCCAUCAAUUCAACUUUUCAUUGCAAAUCCAUCAAUACCUUAGAAGUCGUCUUGUUUUCAGACAUUUUAUCAUAUAUCGAUUAUUAUCAUCCCAAAUCAACUAUUUGGUUUUAGGCUUAGUAUAUGCGUUGGUUACAAUUGCGUUCAAAGUUCCUGUGAACUUAACAUUUGGAGACUCUGGAUUUGUCGUGCUAUGGAUGUUUAUGUAUCUAUUCAUAUCUGCAGCCGGUGGGAUUAAUGAAAACAUCGUUAUGAUUAUACUUUCAUUUGACAUGAAAACACUUUUGGCUCCAUGGAUGGUUUUCUUCAUUAUUAUUAAUAUAGCCCCUACUUUUUCAGCAUUAGAAUUAUGUCCUGGAUUUUUCAAGUAUGGGUAUGCCUUACCAAUGUAUAAUGUUUUUGAAGCAUUAAAAGUUGUACUUUUCAAUACUUGGAAAGGUCACUUAGGUAGACAUUUGGGGAUUCUAGUAACAUGGAUUGUUGUUUCCAACAUUUGUUUGGUAUUCAAUGUUAGAUGGGAACUGCAAAGACAAAAGGAUGCCGCAGCAAAGGCAGAGGCAAAGAAAAAGGAGGCAAAGGAAAAGCAAGAAUUGGAACAAUUACAACAGCAACAAGAAGAACAGGAACAACUAGGAGAUCAAUUCAGUAGAAUAAGUGAAGAAAGAAGUAAUGAUGUGCUUGUUGAACAAGAGCCCUCUAAAUGA